CCCCGCUGAAUCCUCACACCGUCUGUCAGCAUGGGGAGCGCUUGUUUUUCCCGGGACGUUUGUUUGUUUAUCCUCCUCAUAAAUACUUGCAGGGUGAUGGGGGAUGUCGGACUCGCAGAUGCAGAUGAGUGUGCCGAAGGUUCGGACGACUGCCAUAUCGACGCCCUCUGCCAGAACACGCCCAAGGCCUACAACUGCAUCUGCAAGCCGGGCUACAAGGGAGAUGGCAAGCAGUGCGAAGACAUGGACGAGUGUGAGAACGACUACAAUGGUGGCUGUGUCCAUGAAUGCAUCAACAUACCUGGCAACUACAGGUGCACCUGCUACGAUGGAUUCAUGCUGGCCCACGACGGACACAACUGUCAGGAUGUGGACGAGUGCGAGGACAACAACGGCGGAUGCCAGCAAGUAUGCGUCAACACCAUGGGGAGCUACGAGUGUCAGUGCACGGAUGGCUUCUUCCUCAGCGACAACCAGCACACCUGCAUCCACCGCUCUGAUGACGGGAUGAACUGCAUGAACAAGGACCACGGCUGUGCCCACAUCUGCAGGGAGGCACCAGGCAAAGGCGGGGUGUCAUGCGAGUGCCGUCCUGGCUUUGAGCUGGCCAAGAACCAGAAAGAUUGUACAUUGACGUGUAACUAUGGAAACGGCGGCUGCCAGCACACAUGUGACGACACAGACACAGGUCCGGUGUGUGGCUGCCACCAGAAGUAUGCCCUGCACUCGGACAGCAAGACCUGCAUCGAGACCUGCGCCGUGAACAACGGCGGCUGCGACAGGACGUGUAAAGACACAGCCACAGGGGUGCGCUGCAGCUGCCCCGUGGGAUUCACUCUGCAGCCUGAUGGCAAAACCUGCAAAGACAUUGACGAAUGCCAGGAGAACAACGGAGGCUGCGAUCACUUCUGCCGGAACACGGUGGGCUCCUUCGAAUGCAGCUGCCAGAAGGGCCACAAACUGCUCACCGACGAACGGUCAUGCCAAGACAUCGACGAGUGCUCCUUUGAGAGAACCUGUGACCACACCUGCAUCAACUACGCGGGCAGCUACGAGUGCGUGUGCCAAAAGGGCUACAUCCUGUACGGCUUCACUCACUGUGGAGACGUCGAUGAGUGCAGCAUCAGCAACGGGAGCUGUGAGAACGGCUGCAUAAACACCCAGGGCGGCUACGAGUGUGUGUGUCCGCCCGGACAGAAGCUCCACUGGAACAAGAAAGAUUGCAUCGAGGCGGUGAAGUGUCUGCCCAAUGGGAAGCCAGCACCCCGAGCCCAGUUGACGUGCUCCAAGAGCGGAGGGGCGGAGCUCUGCUCGCUCUCCUGCCCCUCCAACGCCCUCUUCCUUGCAGACUCAGAGAACAGCUACACACUUAGCUGUGGAGUGCCCGUCCAGCCUGGGAAAGCUCCUCAGAAGAGGAACACCACAGCGGCCUUACCCACCUGUUCCGACACGCUGGCCCCACCCAUCAAACAGAAGGCCAGGUUUAAGAUCAAAGAUGCCAAGUGUCACCUGAGGCCCCGCAACAAGGAGAAACACAGAGAUUCAUCCAGGCAGAGCCUGCAAGGAAGCCAGUUUCCCUGCACAGACGACUGCCAGGUAACUUUUGUCAACCUCAAGUGCGACUCGUCUAAGAAACGCCGACGAGGACGCAAAUCUCCUUCUAAAGAGGUUUCCCACAUCACAGCAGAGUUUGAGAUGGAGAUGAAGGAGGAGGAGGCCUCAGACGCGUGCAAUGUUGACUGCGUGCGGGAAAGGGUGAAGCAGAAGCUGCAGAGCGCCAUGCGGACGCUCAGGAAGUCCAUCAACAAACAGCAGUUCUACAUCCAGUUCUCCGGGACGGAGUACGAGGUGGCCCAGAAACCGUCCCAGGGAGCAGAGGCCUGCAGCACGGGACAAGUCCUCCGUGACGGAAAGUGUGUGAGCUGUGGCCUGGGGACGUUCUACAGCGGGGAGCAGGAGCAGUGUGUCCAGUGUCCUUCCGGGACGUACCAGGACACGCUGGGUCAGCUGUCCUGUGAGCCGUGUCCCAGCACUGAAGGACAGGGCAUCGCUGGAGCCAGGAACGUGUCUCAGUGUGGAGGUCAGUGUCAAGCCGGUCACUUCUCUGCCGACGGCUUUCGUCCAUGUCAGCCCUGUCAGAUGGGCUCCUACCAGCCAGAACCAGGCCGAGUCCUCUGCUUCCUCUGCGGAGGAGGCCUCUUGACCAAAUAUGAGGGAUCAGUGUCUUUCAGGGACUGUGAGGCCAAAGUGCACUGCGCUCCUGGACAUUACUACAACUCCACCACCCACCGCUGUAUCCGCUGCCCAGGAGGCACCUACCAGUCUGACUUUGGCCAGAACUACUGCAUCACCUGCCCGGGGAACACCACCACUGACUUUGACGGAGCCACCAACGUCUCCCACUGCAAAAACCAGCUGUGUGGAGGUGAGCUGGGAGAAUACACAGGCUACAUAGAGUCUCCAAACUACCCUGGAGAUUACCCAUCCAACGUGGACUGUGUCUGGACCAUCAACCCACCACACAAGAGGCGGAUUCUCAUCGUGGUACCAGAGAUCUUCCUCCCCAUCGAGGAUGAGUGUGGAGACGUGCUAGUCAUGAGAAAGAGCGCCCUCCCCACCUCCAUCACCACCUAUGAGACGUGUCAGACCUAUGAGCGGCCCAUCGCCUUCACCUCUCGCUCCCGCAAGCUCUGGAUUCAGUUCAAGUCCAACGAGGGCAACAGUGGCAAAGGCUUCCAAGUUCCAUACGUCACCUACGAUGAGGACUACCAGCAGCUGAUAGAGGACAUAGUGCGAGAUGGCAGGCUUUACGCCUCCGAGAACCACCAGGAGAUACUGAAGGACAAGAAGCUGAUAAAGGCCCUGUUUGACGUGCUGGCUCACCCCCAGAACUACUUCAGGUACACGGCACAGGAGUCCAAAGAGAUGUUCCCCCGCUCCUUCAUCAAGCUGCUGCGCUCCAAAGUCACCAGGUUCCUAAGGCCGUACAAAUAGACCGGGACCAGCCACUGUCCCGUUAAAGACCCCGUCAUCCUGCGUCAUUCAAAACCCAGCAACCUAAAUGUAACUCAGCCCCCCACCC